AUGUCAGAAAAUAAUUCACAUAACUCUGAUGAUCAUGAGUCCCGCAGUGAAACCAGUGAUUAUAUAAUGGACACCCAGGUAGAGGAUGACUACGAUGAGGAUAGUCGUAUACAUGGUGAAUACUCUUACUAUCCUGAUGAGGACGAAGACGAACAUAUGCUCUCUAGCGUAGGAAGCUUUGAGGCCGAGGAUGAUGAGAAUGAUGAUAACGACUACCACCGGGAAGAUGAUUCUGAGCUUUUAUAUGGAUACCGUAGGCGUGCAAGCGGUGAUGAAGAAGAUGGGAAUGGUGAGGAUGAAGAACUUGAUCAUUCUCGCGACAAUAAUGAAGUAGGCGGCAACGCCUUUCAUUUGCCUGAUAUUUUGGAAACUUUCGCCCAGAGGCUAGAACAAAGAAGACAAACAAGUAGAGGACAGAUGCAAAAUCCAGCUGGGAGGACAUUACCUGAAAUUUUAUCGAUGAUCGGAGGAAGAAUGGAGAGAAGCGCAGAGAGUUCAUCAAGGAAUGAGCGAAUUUCCAAAUUGAUAGAGAAUACUGGAAAUGCCUCUGAGGACCCGUAUAUUGCAAUGGAAAGUUUGAGAGAACUUUCCGAAAACAUAUUAAUGAUGAAUCAAAUGGUUGUCGAUAGAGUUAUACCGAUGGAGACAUUAAUAGGGAACAUUGCUGCCAUCCUUUCUGACAAGAUCCUAAAGGAAGAAUUAGAACUACAAAUGCAAGGCUGUAGAUGCAUGUACAAUCUUUUUGAAGUUUGUCCAGAAUCCAUUUCAAUAGCUGUUGAUGAGCAUGUCAUACCCAUUUUGCAAGACAAGUUGGUAGAAAUUAGUUAUAUCGAUCUUGCAGAACAAGUUUUAGAAACUGUGGAAUAUAUUUCUAGGGUUCACGGAAGAGAUAUCUUAAAAACAGGUAAAUUAUCAAUUUACGUCCAAUUUUUCGAUUUUUUAACUAUACAUGCACAGAGAAAGGCUGUUGCAAUUGUCUCAAACGCCUGUAGCAGUGUCCGAAUGGAUGAUUUCAAUACAGUUGUGGAAGUGCUGCCAACGCUGAAACCAAUUUUCAUCAAUACGACUGAUCAACCAAUCCUAACUAGACUUGUAAAUGCGCUCUAUGGAAUUUGCGGGGCAUUGCACAGAAACGAAAAAUUCGAAGCUUUGUUUUCUUUAGAUCUAAUCGAAAGAAUAGUUCAGUUGAUUUCUAUUCAGGAUACUCCACUGGAGAAUAAGUUAAAAUGUUUGGAUAUCCUAACCGUAUUAGCAAUGAGCAGUGAAGUACUUUCAAGAGAACUGAGAGAAAAGACUGAUGUUGUUGAUAUGACUACGCGGUCGUUCCAACAUUAUAGUAAAAAUUCCAACGCUGGGUUGCACGAAACAUUGAUAUUUGUCCCGAACAGUUUAUUGAUUAGUAUUUCUAGAUUUAUAGUUGUAUUGUUUCCUCCCGAGGAUGAACGGAUACUAUCCUCAAAUAAAGAUACCGGAAGCAGCGGUCGUGACAUUGCUGCUAACCAAGGAAAGUUCGAUGUACUAGUUCAGCACCUAAUACCAAUUCUCGUCGAAAUUUACACAAACGCCGCUGACUUUGAUGUAAGAAGAUACGUACUUAUUGCAUUAUCAAGAGUCGUAUCAUGCAUGAACAAUUCCACAGCGAAAGCAAAUAGCGAUCAACUUAUUAAAUUAAUAGGGUCCAUUUUGGCCCAAAAAGGAACGACAGCUAGUGCUAACGGCUCUCAUUCGAUAGAAACUGGUACGCUGUUGGUUGGCGGUCUCUCAUUGCUUAACCUGAUUUGUAGAAAAUUCUCGGAACUGUUUCUCUCUUCUAUCAAAAGGGAAGGUAUUUUUGAUUUGGUCAAGGAUUUAUCUGUGGAUUUUAAGAGCAUUGACACGAAAGAGACUGUAGAUGAGAACAUGUCGCUUUCUGAUGAAGAAGAGGAAUUGCAUAGCAGCAUUGAAGAAGGCGCCGAAGCUGAUCUCGACUACGAUUAUGAAUUUGCCGAUAUGGAAAUUCCUGAUUCAGUUAAACCAAAAAAGAUCUUCAUUCACCUUUUCAGAGCCCUGUCUUUAGCGUAUAUUAAAAGUAAAGGAAUGCAUUUAGUUGAUGGGUUGCUUUCGCAAAUGAAUGUUGAACAAGAUGCAAUAACGGAGGAGCUGCAUCAAAUUGAGAAUGUUGUUUCCAUUCUAGAAGACUUUUCCACUCCUGAUAAAACGGAGGAGGAUUGGAAGAGAAUUUGGUCAGUUUUGAAAAAGUGUAUUUUCCAUGAAGAUUUCGACGUAUCCGGAUUUGAAUUUACUUCUACAGGUCUAGCUUCCUCACUAACUAAAAGAAUUAUGUCUUCAACUGUUUCUCAUUUUCUUCUCGUGAAAUCGUUUUUAGAAGUAUUUGAGAAUAACGUCGACAGAUUUUUAGAGAUUUUGCAAUCUGCUCUCACAAGGCUGGAAAACUUCUCUAUAGUUGAUUGUGGUUUACAUGAUGGUGGCGGUAUAUCAUCAUUGGCUAAAGAAAUGCGAAUUAAGUUGGUUUAUGACGGCGAUGCAAACCAAGACAAUAUCGGUGCUGAUUUAUCAUCUACUGUCGUCUCAGUCCACUGCAUAGCGUCUUUUGCCUCACUUAAUGAGUUUUUGAGGCAUAGAAUAGUAAGAAUGCGUUUCUUAAACUCAUUAAUUCCAAAUCUUACGUCUUCGAGUACCGAAACUAAUGGGGACGAAGAAGAGCACUGCUUGGAUGAUAUGAGAAAUAAAAAUUUUAACUUCUUUUAUGAUGAUGAAAAUGUUGACAUGGAGUCCACAGUAUUUGGUGUCAUAUUCAAUAAGUUCGUAGAACAAAAUCGUGAUUUAAAGACUUUAUGGAGCGAUACUCAAGUUAUCAAAUUUUGUAAAAGUCCAGAAGAUGCCAAUAAUGAGCAUAAGCUGGCCGAAGAUGCCAAAGAGGUCAAAAGAUUGAGAGACUUUUAUAAGAAAAGAGAAUUUGUUGAGGUUGAUACAGGUUCUUCGGCGGAUAUUCUGACAUUGUUAGGUUUUCUGCAUAGCUCCGGCAUCAAAAGUGACUGCUUUAUCAAUUCGAAACUAAGUGCUAAACUUGCACGACAAUUAGAUGAACCUUUGGUAGUCGCAAGCGGUGCUCUGCCAGAUUGGUCACUAUUUUUAACUAGAAAAUUCCCAUUUUUGUUCCCCUUUGACACCAGGAUGUUUUUUUUACAGUGUACUUCAUUUGGUUACGGAAGACUAAUCCAAGUCUGGAAAAAUAAGAGUAAAAGUUCAAAAGACUCAAGAAACGAUGAAGCUUUACAACAACUUGGGAGAAUUACUAGACGCAAGCUGCGGAUUUCAAGAAAAACAAUAUUUGCUACGGGUCUCAAGAUUUUAUCUAAAUAUGGUUGUAGCCCAGACGUACUAGAAAUUGAAUAUCAGGAAGAAGCAGGAACAGGUCUAGGCCCAACUUUGGAAUUUUACUCUGUAGUUUCAAAAUACUUUGCGAGGAGGUCACUAAACAUGUGGCGUUGCAACUCUUAUAACUAUAGGAGCGAAAUGGAUAUAGACACAACCGACGAUUAUAUUACCACUUUAUUGUUCCCAGAGCCUCUCAACCUUUCUGCCGAUAAUGAAAAAAUCAUUGAACUUUUCGGAUAUUUAGGGACGUUCGUUUCCAGGUCUUUGCUUGAUAAUAGAAUCCUUGACUUCAGAUUCAGUAAAGUUUUUUUUGAACUGCUGCACAGAAUGUGUACACCUGAUGUGACGACGGUUCCAGGUGACGUCGAAAGCUGUUUGUUGAUGAUUGAUUUGGUUGACCCAUUACUCGCAAAAUCCUUAAAGUACCUAGUUGCAAAUAAAAACAACAAUACCGCACUGGAAGAACUUUCCUUAACAUUUACUGUCCCUGGCAACGAUGAUAUUGAACUGGUUCCAGAUGGCAGCAAUACACCUUUGAAUUCUUCUAAUAUUGAAGAAUAUAUCCAUGCUGUUAUCGAUCAAAUAUUGGGUAAAGGUAUUGAGAAGCAAUUGGUAGCAUUUUCUGAAGGUUUUUCAAAGGUUUAUUCAUAUGAGAGGAUGCUAAUACUCUUUCCAGAAGAACUAGUAGAUAUUUUCGGACGAGUUGAGGAAGACUGGUCUACGGGAACCUUGUACACGAAUCUGAACGCUGAACAUGGCUAUACAAUGGACUCUUCAACCAUUCACGACUUCAUAUCAAUAAUAUCUGUUUUUAAUAAGCACGAAAGAAGAUUAUUCUUGCAAUUUUUAACUGGAUCUCCCAAGCUUCCAAUCGGAGGCUUCAAAAGUUUGAAGCCUAGAUUUACGGUUGUGCUAAAGCAUGCUGAGGAUGGCCUUACAGCAGAUGAAUAUUUACCAAGCGUUAUGACGUGUGCCAACUAUUUGAAAUUACCUAAAUAUACUACCAAGGAUAUUAUGCGGUCUCGCCUUUGCCAGGCAAUUGAAGAAGGUGCAGGGGCUUUUUUACUUUCCUAA